AUUGCUUUGUUUACAUCGUGAAGCUAUCGUUUUGGAAUAAUAACGUUUUCACUCAAAUCAACCUCGGAACCUGAGUUGCAAGUUGUAGGAACAGCCGGUGACCUCACUGCACGACCGCGAGAGCUUCGAAGCAACCCCAGAGAUUCGGUUUACCGUAAGGGGUCUGCAUUCUUUUCCCAGCACAUCUGUUCCAUCGGGAUCUCAUUUGCUCUCGAUACUCCCCGCAUAAGAACAAUAUGAUAAGGAGAUCUUCCACCAUGGAAGAGACCAUAGCUCCGAAAAUCAUGAAGGAGGGUGCUCCGAGCCCAGCCUUGGAUAUCAAAGCCAUGAUGGAGAACGCUAAGAAACAAAUCGAGCUGAAGAAGAAGCAAUUGUUAGAGACACAAAACAAGACUCAUGUCCCCAGUCCUUCCGUUCAAACCUCUUCCGGUGCCUCGAGUCGUAUCGAGCAACUCAAAGCUCAAAUCGAAGCUCGGGCAGCGAUCAAAGUUCCCGGCUUGGUGGGCCUCCCCUCCGCUCCUGGUCAACCCACCCAACCUCUGGGACCAACGCCGGUCAUUCUCGAUGCUGACGGGAAAACCAGAGAUGCGAUGGGCAGAGAGGUCAAGCUGCCGUCAUUUCAACCUACGUCCCUGGCCAAUAUACGAAAAAUUAAACAAGAAAAGUUCCAGCAAAUAACUUCGGCGGUGAAAGAGGAACCUCAGGACUCUUCUUUCUUCGACCAGCGCUUGGCCUUGAAGCCGUCGGCCCGUUCGAAAAAGGCAUUCAAGUUCGUCGAAAAAGGAAAAUACGAACAGCUGGCGGACAAACUGAGAGCGAAGGCAAAAUUAGAGAAGCUACAAUCAGACAUUACGAGCGUAGCGAAGCGAACCGGGAUUCAAAGCGCCACGACGUUAGCUCUCAUCGUCCCAAAGAAGGAAUUCGUCAAAGGAGAAACUCCAGAAAUCGAAUGGUGGGACAAUCUUCUAGUAGAAUCCUUCGACAAGAUCGACGACGUUCACGGAAUCACGAACCUCGUCGAGCAUCCGAUACAGAUGAAAGCCCCUACUGACUCGAAUAAGCCCGUGGUCCUGCCUGUGUUCCUGACGAAGAAAGAACGCAAGAAACUGCGACGACAGAAUCGACGAGAGGUUCAGAAAGAUAAAAUGGAGCGAGUGCGUCUCGGUCUGGAUCCGCCUCCGGAACCGAAAGUGAAAAUGUCGAACAUGAUGCGGGUACUGGGUCAGCAGCAGGUGCAGGAUCCCACCAAAAUCGAAGCGCAUGUGCGGCAACAGAUGGCGAAACGACAGAAAGCUCACGAAGAGGCUAACGCCGCCCGGAAGCUCACCGACGAACAGAGAAAAGAGAAGAAAACUCGGAAAAUUCAGGAAGACACCUCCUUGGGGGUACACGUAGCUCUCUAUCGAACGUUGAGUUUAGCAUCGCAGUCGAAGCGUUUCAAGGUCGAGACAAACGCGAAGCAGCUCCACAUGACGGGUUGCGUCCUCCUCUUCAAAAAUGUGAAUUUGGUGAUUGUCGAAGGUGGACCCAAGCAGCAGAGCAAGUUCAAGAAAGUCAUGCUGAGUCGAAUCAAAUGGUCCGAGGAUCUGGUUUCGAGGGACGGAACCGAUCAGGGGGAGAAGGUCGAGAAUCAAUGCGUGCUGGUUUGGGAGGGUGCGGUCAAGAAUAGGAAUUUCGGGGAGAUAAAGGUCAAAACAGCUCAGAACGAGAUGCAGGCUCGGGAACUGUUCAAGAAGCACUCUGUGGAGCAGUAUUGGGACCUCGGAUUCAGCACAACAGUUUUGGCUCUCGCAGAAACGAACUAA